UAAUUUCCAAAAGGGAACCUAUUUUAAUUCGCAUAUUCCAAAGAUGAGUUACAAUAACAGCAGUGAUAGAUUUUUGGCUUCCUCCUCCUUCGAGUGCAGGAGACAGCCUUCCAAUUCCCUCUAUGUCUCAAGAAUGGAAGAAAUGGAUUGUUCCAACGAAUUAGCAGAGCUCUUUGAUGUAGCCCAAGACAACGAAUGGAUGCCAUCCAAUCCUGAACCAUUAUAUAGGAAGAGUGGUUCGACUAAAGUUCAACUUCAUCAUAAAGAAGAAUGUGCUCAAUCUUUUCCAGGCUCAACAGAAGCUGAUAGCGAAGAAGAUUAUUUUGAGUCUCAAGUUGAAGCUCUUGAUGAACUUUCAGAACUUUUCGGGGAUGACUCACCGAGAUCUUCUCCACCCAGUAGAUCAGUUGCUUUCACAAGACCUUCAAAUCCUAUUGUCAAAGAUUCUCAAUUUUGCUUUCCAAGAUGUUCAGCACCUGCUCCUCAGGUGGUAGGUCAUAAAGAGAACAACUUGGAAGUUACGAAAAUGGAUUUCUCAGCCUCCUUGGAUUCAAAGAGGCAAGGCUUGAACAGGAUCACUUAUACUAAGCCAUCAGUGUCGAUCUUCAGACCCAUGGCUAGAGUAAACUCUCGCCCUACUUCCAGUCUACCUGGAUCUUUCUAAGUAAUGCCAGGUAGAGGUGGCCUAUGUAACCCUAUCAGUAGGCCACGCUUAUCUCUUACUUAAUGUUUCCUAAUAACAAUAU